CCAUGACAGUCCGCACAGUUGCAUGCUUAGAAUUCUAGCUACCGACUUUGGCGAGCCAGGACCUCAUUGUUUUCGAGACCGUGGAGGAAGAGGUCGAAAUGACUGUCAGAGUGAACAAACACCUCAACAUGAAGCUCGGAAGUUAGCCUUAUUAACGGAGACAGCGGGCUGCUCGAGAUAUUUCCCCCAGCGACAGCAACGACACCCCGAGGUUGCCAAACAACAAGCAUCAUUCAGUGUCAGCCAGAGGUAGCAGCUGGAGCUCGCCUCUGCUCCUCUGGAGCCUGUACAUUUCUGCUUCAGUCUCGAGGUAGCUUCUUGGACAACAUACUUGGCAUUGUGAACCAUGAUUGAGGACCCCCUGCCUGAAUGCCCAGUCUGCAUUCAUGAUUUAGUGUUAGACGUCCUGCAACCAAAACACCUUUCCAAAAACCCCUGACUGCUGGUGUGUGUGGGCGUCAGCUUCCUUCUGGUUCCACUUCCUGGCCUCGACUGUUGCUCAAUACUUUCUCAUCUCCUCUAAGAAGGGGCAGGAUGCCUUUAGCAGUUAGAGAGACAUCUUCGGCCGUAUGAGUAUAAUGCAAGCACUUAUCCUGCAGGAGUUUACUUGAGCAAGGCGCUGAAUCCAUACCAACUCUAGGAAUGCUUUGCUUUGACCUCUGACCUCUCUGUGGAAACAGACAGCAAGAAACUUCUUAUUAUAUCUAGAUUUAUCAAUUUAUCGGUAUAUCCAAAAGAAGACCUUCGGCCUCAGACCGGGCCUCUGCAGCUCCCUUUGCCAUCCCAGUACCAUGCUGGGUGCACUCCUGCGGAGGAACAUGUCCCAGAAGCUGAGUGUGCUGCUGCUGGUAUUCGGCCUGGCGUGGGGACUUAUGCUGCUGCGCUACACUGUGCAGCAACCUCGCCAUCAGAGCAGCGCCGAGCUUCGUGAACAGAUCCUGGAGCUCAGCCGGCGAUAUGUCAAGGUGCUGACAGAGGAGAACCAGAACUCACCAGGUGGGCCGCAGGGGACCUCCAUGGCUGGUUAUGCUGAUCUGAAGAGGACUAUUGCUGUGCUACUGGACGACAUUCUGACGCGGCUGGUCAAACUGGAGGGGAAAAUCGAGGUGGUGGUCAAUGCCUCUUCCACUAACACCUCCCACACAGCAGGGGGCGUCCCUGCCUCUGCUUCUGCUGCCCUACAGAAAUCCUUAAAGCACGAGACAACUGGCAUCCACCAAGGGACGUCACACCUUCACCCCCACACCCGUAAAAGGCUUCGGCCACAUCAAGGAGCAUACGCUUGAUAGAUAUAUUGAUUUUUUUCUUUCUUCUUUUCAGCACAUCACACUUUUCUAGCAUUUACCACUGAUGUAAUAACAUCAGACAAAUGAAAAGCAAUAGGGAGACACAUGGACAUCCAGAAACUUCAAAUAUGGGAUGCUUCUCAGAAAUUUCAGCUAACUCAGAAAGAAGAACUUCUUUAUGCUCUGUCCUGUCAUAUGCUGAUAUUUAUUUAUUUUUUUAUCAAGACUAUCCAGCACAUUUUUUUAUAUUUUCAUUGUUGAUUUUAUUUGGCUUAGAUUUUAGCAUUUUGUUUUUAUAAAGCUUCAUUUGAAUUUUAUGACUGUUGAAGCAAAUGCAGAGAGCUAUAAAUACUCUUUGAACUGAACAGAUUCACAUACGCUUCAUCAUAAAAAUGGCUUGAAAAGUUCCCCUGUCAAUAUUAUAAGCUAUUUUACAAUACUGCUUCAAUAUAUCAAAAUGCUGAUCUAAACAGUACACACAAGAUAGUUAGGAAUAGCUGUUUUUAGCUGGCGCAGUUGCUAAUUACUGUAGGAAGAUGAUUCUACUUUUAUCUUACACAUAGUUUUAAGAAUAAAGCAUAUAGUCGCCUGUAAGAGAUAAUCCAAAGAAUGUUAUUUGCACUUCAUCUACAGGUGGUAUAAUUGGGUUUUUUUUUUUUACAAUUGCUGCAAGACAGUUUGAGGUUUAUGCAGAAUUUGAUGGGAUGAUGCCCAGUUGCCACUGUAAACAUGAGCGUGUGUGCGUCUCAGUUUAAAUCCAAUGGUUUCCUUGCCCAGUGUUGAGAAAUGUUUUAAUUUACGUGUGUAGCAGAUUGAAUGUACUGUGUAAUCAGUCUCAAGCCCUUUCGUGCUGUUAAGAUGGCUGACCUGCUGCUUACACAUGUUCAGGGUUCAAGUUGCACUGUGACUCUAUAGAGAUUUUCUAAAAAUACCGGGCUCAUCCAACUUUGACUUAAGGGAUAUUUUAGGAGGGUGGACGUCAGGCUCUGGAAUAUCCAUUCUUCCAGCCUUUCUGCUGGGCCCAAGUGUGAUUUCCAUAAUACUGAGAUACUGUGGUGCCUGUCCAGGGGAAGAAGAUCUUCAAUUUGCACAUCAUGAUGCUCAUUAACAUGAUGACUUUGUGCGGCAAGAAACAUGGGCAAUACUUUCAUCAAUACUACAUGGGGAUUGUAUGAGCCAAAGUCUGUGUGGGUGACAUUAUGAAGAAGAAAAAGGUUCAUAAUGUUGCUUUUACAUUACCGACUUAAAUAUAUGAGACGUCCUCUAGACUGAAUGAUCAUUCUGGUUUGACUGUGUCUGCAUUGAGUAAUGCCAUAAAUGUACUUUGCUCCAUAUUGUUUAAGUAGGAAACAUGGUGACUGAGUCAGCUGCUGUGAGGAUAGCUUUACUAAUAAAUUCACCUUAUGGGAAAAAAAAAA